UAAGCGCCACCGGAAGUCAGCAGUUUCCGUUAGCUGUCAGGCUAAUGUGCUAACGCUCGGAAUUUAAUGUCUGUCUCGCAUCUGCCCGGUGACCGAGCAGCUGAACGACCAUGACUUCGGUCCAUUUUCUGAGAGAGUUCAUCAGCGAGCGGCUAACGGCCGCCGCUUCGGAAAUCUUCGAGGUUUUUGAGAAAACCAUCGUCCAGUACGAGGAGGAGGUGGACCGUCAGCGCAGGCUGCUGCUGGACCUCAGCUGGAAGCCUGAAAUAAAGCUGCAGGCCGGAGAGCCGCUUCAGAAACAUGUCUGUCAGAAACAGAAAGAAGCUCCUGCCGAGCCGCAGCUCCUCAGCCAGGAGAGGAGCUUCAGUCUGGACCUGGAGGAGCCAGAACCUCUGCAGAUGAAAGAGGAACAGGAAGAGCCAGAACCUUCGCAGAUCAAAGAGGAACAGGAGCAACUCUCCAGCGUUCAGGAGACGGAGCAGCAGGCGGUGAAGGAGGAGGUCGACGCCCUGGUGGUGAUGCUCAGCGAUGAGGAAAUGGAUCUGAGCAGCGCAGAACCCACCGGAGAUCAGCUCCGAGAUCAGGUGGAAAGACCAGACCUGGGUUUCAGGUUGAUGAGCAAAAUGGAGCGGACGGGGAAGAGGAGCCGUCAUAAAGUGAGGAGUAAAAAAACCAUUGAGGAGCUGUCUCCUCUGUCGGAGAGCGAGAGCGACACGGAGCCGGGAAAAAUCUCAGCGAAGUGCGGCAUUUGUGACAAAGUCUUUAAGAACAAGUACUACCUGAAGAUGCACUACAGGAUCCACACCGGCGUGAAGCAGUUUGUUUGCAACGACUGCGGGAAAAGUUUCACCGACGCGUCCACGCUGAAAUACCACACAAGGACACACACGGGUGAGAAACCGUUCUCCUGCGAUACGUGCGGGAAAAGCUUCAGAUGUAGUUACAGCGUGCUGGUCCACAUGAGAACUCACACAGGAGAGAAACCGUACCUGUGCAACAUCUGCGGAAAACGAUUCACCAACCUGUCGGCCUUCAAAUGGCACAUGGCCAUUCACACGGGAGAGAGGCGCUACUCCUGCAACAUCUGCGGGAAGAGUUUCACUCAGAAUGGCAACCUGACCGCUCACAUGGGGACUCACACCGGGGAGAAGCGCCACGUCUGCAAAAUCUGCAACAAGAGCUUCAGCCGGAGCAGCAACCUGCUGGUCCACAUGAGGAACCACACAGGAGAGAAACCGUACCCCUGCAAGACGUGCGGAGAAAGGUUCAAGUAUGCAGCCAUGCUUAAAAAACACCUCAAAACUCAUGAAGGAGGCGAGCCGUCCCCCUGCCAAACGUGUGGCAGAGGUCCGACGGGUCCGGAGGGCUCGAUGGUCCAACAUGAAGGUGGUGUCUGUUUCCAGUGGCGCUGCGAGUACGGGGGCCUGUGA